AUGGCGCUUCCUCCGAUCGCAAAGGCCACUUUGCAGGCUGCUUUGAUCAGUGCUGGGUCGAAUGUGCUUGCACAGGGGAUUACGUCUUAUCGGGAUGAGACGUCCUUUGAGCUUGACUCGCAAGCGCUGUUCCAAUUCACGACUAGCGCGCUCAUCUUAUCGCCAUUGACGUUUCUCUGGCUUGAGACUCUCGAGUCUCGAUUCCCCGGGUUUGAGCAGAACGAACCGAAAGCGGGGAAAGAGAAAGACAAGGCGAAUGAGAAGGAGAAAGUGAAUGAAAAAGAGAAGCAGAAGCCGAAGCUCAAUGUCAAGAACACGGUGGCGAAAAUCGUGGUCGACCAGGUUGUUGGCGGUGCUUGGAACACUGUCGCAUUCAUCGCGACAAUGGGCUUCUUACGGGGCUACGACUAUGAAGUCAUCAAGGACGAAAUAGCAAAUGUAGGUCAUCCACUUUUCAAGCUAUCCGUCUCCUGA